AUGGAAUUAUUCAAAGUUGACGGUUGGAACAUAAAGACUGACAAAGUUGCCUUUGCAGAGAAUAAAAAGAAGAAAUUACAAGAUAAGAAAAACAAAAAGGCCAAAGCCAAUAAGAAACUAAAAGAUAAUGCUAAAAAGAAAGCCACUAGUGCCAAUUCCAUAGUUGUCAAUCCUGAUGUGAAAAUGAGAAAAUUCGGUGAAAAGAAAGAUCAGUCAUUAUCACCAUCAAGCAGCACAGAAAUUGAUAAGACUUCUACAAAACGUAACCAUGAAGAAAUCGCCAAGGAAGACAUUGAUUCUACGAUACAAUCGAAACCUCAAAGGAAGUUAACUCCGUUACAACAAAAGAUGAUGGCUAAAUUAACAGGGUCAAGAUUCAGAUGGAUUAAUGAACAAUUUUAUACGAUAGAUUCUGGAAGUGCAUUAGAUUUAGUUAAGAAACAACCUGAAUUAUUUGAUGAAUAUCAUGAUGGGUUUAGAUCUCAAGUUCAAUCAUGGCCUGAGAAUCCAAUUGAUGUUUUUGUCAAUCAACUCAAGGCAAGGUCUCAGAAACCUGUCAAUGCUCCUGGUGGGUUACCAGGUUUAACGGAUGAUAAUAAAAAAUUGUUAUUGCUGAUAUGGGUUGUGGUGAAGCAAAAAUUAGCGCUUGAAGUGAAUAAUUUUUAUAAAUCUUUCAAUCAAAAAAAUAGGAAAUGGAAAAGAAAUCAUGAGGUUCAUAGUUUUGAUUUGAAAAAAGUUAACGAUAGAAUUACUGUGGCUGAUAUUAAGAACGUUCCUUUACCGGAUAAUUCUUGUACUAUUGUUAUAUUUUGUUUAUCAUUGAUGGGGACUAACUUCUUGGAUUUCAUCAAGGAAGCUUAUAGAAUUUUGGCACCAAGAGGUGAAUUGUGGAUAGCGGAAAUUAAAUCAAGAUUUGCAGAUGGUAAAGGGGAUGAAUUUGUUACUGCUUUGAAACUAAUGGGAUUUUUCCAUAAAAAUACAGAUGAUGAAAAUAAAAUGUUUACUAGAUUUGAAUUCUUUAAACCAGCGCAAGAUAUUAUUGAAGAAAGAAAGGCAAAAUUAGAAAGAAGACAAAAAUUCAUUGAAGUGGAAACAGAAAAGGAAGAACUUGAGAAGAAAAGACAAAAGACUGCUGAAGGUAAAUGGUUAUUAAAGCCAUGUAUUUAUAAAAGAAGAUGA